AUGCCUCCUCGCAUGGACAUAUAUCGACGUGGACGUCAACUCGAACGUCUCAGCAAUACUGGACAUGCACUGCUCAACAGCCUUUUGCAUGACGAUGACUUGCACUACUUUGCAGUGUGCCAACAGAGGUUUCUUGACCCGCAAGAAGAGCAGUAUCCAGCCGACUGGCUUAAUAAGGACAGGAAGAAAUUGAAGAGAAUGCUCGAGUACUGGCGCAGCAAGAUGCGCGAGGUCUACUACUUCACUGUUGUCAAUGGAAGAAGACAACUCAAAGCAUGCAGUAGCCUCCGACGCUCCGCCAGACGGAAGCGGCGCUGCGGCUACACUUACACUGAAUCCAGUGACCUCCCAAGUCCUCAGGAAGAAGAAAUAAACGGGUUUCUUAGGGCUGAGACAGAGGCUAUGGGCAAUCACGAGUAUUACGCUGAAGGGGAGGAGAGAGAAAUUGACUAUGCCUGA